UGAAACAGAAGGGGUGGUAAAUGGUGUUCUGUUUCAGAAAAAAGGGGGAGCUAGACAAGUGUUAAUGUAUGUUAGCAUUAUGCUAGACUUAAUGGAAAAACGACAUCCUACAUGCACACAACAUGCAGCAGGCGUGGCAAAAAUUCUUCAGAAAACAGCCCAUAUAGUGAUGGGACACCCCCUGACGACACUAACAAUACACAGUGUGGUAGCAUUUGUAAACUCACAGACAUUCACCAUGACAUCUCUUAGACAACACAGACUCUGUAAAAUAUUGGAAGCACCAAAUCUGACUUUCACACAUGAAGGCAUCAACAUGGCAGACAGGAUGGGGACAUGUCACCCACAUGAGUGCGAGAGAGAAAUCACAAAAGUUGUUAAAGUGAGACCAGAUUUGGAAGCUCAGGCUUUGCCAGGUUCAGAACAAUUAUUCACUGACUGGUGUUGCUACAAACAUGACAAAUUAGGGUUGAAGACAGCAUAUGCGGUAGUCAGGCAGACAGAAACAGGAUAUGAAAAUUUCAGAGCAGAGCAGCUGGAGGGACAGCAGUCAGCACAGAGAGCGGAAGUGGUUGCAGUGACAGAAGCCUUAAAAUGGGGGCAGGGCAGGGACGUCACAAUUUAUACAGACUCAGCAUAUGCUGCAGGGGCAGUACAUGUGGAAAUGAGACAAUGGAUGAGAACAGGGUUCUUGACAGCAGGGGGCAAACCCAUCAAACAUGAGGGAGAGAUGAAAGAGUUAAUGGAGGCUUUGAAAUUACCAAGGAAAGUGGCAGUGGUAAAAUGUAGAGGACAUGAUCAGGCUAGCACUCCAGUAGCUACAGGGAACCAGGAAGCAGAUAAAGCAGCCAAAAGGGCAGCAGGGUAUUUGCAAAUGUACCAAAUGAUAACCAGUGAAGAGACUGAAUUACAACCCAAACUCACUGCAGAGGCAGUAAAAGAAUAUCAAAAGGGGGCGGGGGCCCAAGAAAAAGCAGUAUGGAUGCAGAGAGGAGCUACGGAGCAAAAUGGACUCUGGAGGGGGCCGGACGGACAAAUGGUCCUCCCACCAGGUAUCAGGGCAAGAGCCCUGAGAGAAGCACAUGGCUUGGGGCAUGUGCGGGCAAACCAAAUGAAUAGGAACUUGUGUCAUUGGUGGCAUCCGUUCCUAGCAGAUAUGGCAAGGCAUUUUGUAAAAAGUUGUACAGUCUGUUCACAUUUUAAUCCAAAGCCAGCGGUGAGCCCGGAAAUGGGGCGUUUGCCUAUUACUACCUGCCCUGGCCAGGAGGUGGUGAUAGACUAUACGGAUAUGAUUGAUCCGGUGAAAGGUUUUAGGAAUUUGUUGGUGUGUGUUGAUACGUUCACAGGGUGGCCAGAGGCGAGGACAGCGCUACGGUGAGAAAAUGUUUGAUUAACCAUUACAUUCCCAGACAUGGUUUCCCAGCAAAAAUCAGAUCAGAUAAUAGCACUCACUUUAAAAACACAGAUCUACAAAGCGUAGAAGCAAUGCUGGGUU